AUGAUAUUUCCUUUGUCAACCGUCUGUUUAUAUUUCUCUAUGUCUCCAAAAGCUAAACCUCACAGUCUGUUUUUUUUUUUCAUUCAUUCUUUUCAUUCUUUCUUUCUUUCUUUUCAGUUAUUCUACCUCUAUAUCUAUCUAUCUAUCUCUAUCUAUCUAUCUAUCUAUCUAUCUCUAUCUCAGGCCCAGUUUAUCUAUCUGUUGUUGCUAUAUAUCUCAGGCCCCUUGAGUCUAUCUACAUCUAAACCAUCUAUCAAUAUCCACCCUUUGAAAUCUAUCUGUCUAUCUAUCAUCUAUCUAUCUAUCUAUCUAUAUAUCUCAUCUUUCUUUUCAGUCUAUCUAUCUGCCUAUAUAUCUAUUGAUAUCUAUCUAUCUAUCUAUCUAUCUAUCUAUCUAUCUAUCUAUCUAUCUAUCUAUCUAAAUAUGUUCUUAUCUAUCUGUCUGUCUGUGCAUCUAUCUCUCUGUUUAAAUAUAUUUCUAUCUAUCAAAACAUGUUCCUAUAUAAGUCUAUCUAUCUAUCUAUCUAUCUAUCUAUCUAUCUAUCUAUCUAUAUAUCUCAGGCCCUUGAGUCUAUCUAUCUAUCUAUCUAUCUAUCUAUCUAUCUAUAUAUCUCAGGCCCUUGAGUCUAUCUAUCUAUCUAUCUAUCUAUCUAUCUAUCUAUCUAUAUAUCUCAGGCCCUUGAGUCUAUCUAAAUAUGUUCUUAUCUAUCUGUCUGUCUGUCUAUCUAUCUCUGUUUAA